GCGCUUCGUUGCGCCGCCUGUCCUAAGGCCUUACGAUGAAUGUGAUCUCGCGCUUGAAAUCACAUGACUUAUGUUGAAUGUCUUCUUGCUAAUUUCAGUUAUGUGUAUACGAAAAUCGCCAACUUGUUCCACCUUCGCUUGUGAAAUAUUGGGCUGACGAAACUUUUUGUAUACCUUUUCAGAUCGGAAAGUGCUGUGGAGUGUGGUAUUCAAUUUCAGGACAUUUGUUAGAAAACAUGAGUCGAAGGAAAUACGAUGAUACUGGAGAUUAUGAUAAUCGAGAGAGAAAACGGAGGCGCACUGAUGCUGUCGAGAUUGAAGACAGGCUGGAAUCACUCAUCAUCCGAGUGGGAGAAAAGAGUACUUCGUCCCUGGAGAGUAACCUUGAAGGACUGGCCAGUGUGCUGGAGGCGGACAUCAAUAACUACCGCAACAAAAUCCUUAAAAUCCUGAGUGAAUGUGCUGUCAAAAUGCCAGAAAAAACCACCAUCUAUACAACUUUGGUUGGGUUGCUCAAUGCUAAGAAUUACAUUUUCGGAGGAGAGUUUGUAGAUCUGAUGGCUCGCAAACUCAAGGACGCUCUCAAAAGCUGCAUGUGGAAGACUGCUCGUUAUGUGGUGCGCUUCUUUGCUGAUCUUGUCAACUGCCACGUUAUCUCAACCAACUCUCUGCUGCAGCUCUACCACUCAUUCCUGGAGACUGCUCAGGAGGACAAUGCACCACAAGUUCGGAGUGACACGUACAUCUACGCUGUGCUGAGCUCGCUGCCUUGGGUUGGCCGUGAGCUUUAUGAGAAGAAAGAACAAGAUCUUGAGAAGCUACUGAAGCACAUCGAGAUCUACGUUAACAAACGAAGCUGUAAACACGUCGCGGGCCUGCGGGUAUGGAGGUCUGACUCUCCUCACCCUCAAGAGGAAUAUUUGGACUGCCUUUGGGCUCAGAUCUGCAAACUGCGCUCAGAUAACUGGCAGGAGAAACACAUUGCUAGGCCCUAUGUGGCUUUUGAUCAGGUCCUGUGCGAGGCUCUGCAACACAACAUCCCUGUCAUCACGCCCCCGCCGCACAGCCCUGACAACACCUACCCCUUCCCGUGGGUGGUGUUCAGGCUAUUUGCCUACACUGACUGCCCUGAGGGUCCCAUCCUCCCAGGGGCGCACUCCAUCGAACGUUACCUCAUUGAGGAGCACCUCCACAACAUCAUCAAGCAGUUCCAUCUUGAGAGAAAACAAUGCGCCUCGUUCCUGCUGGACUUCCCACUGAAGCAGAAGAUCCCCCUGGAGUACGUCAUUGUUGAGGUCGUUCUGGCCGAGAUGUUCCACUUGCCGGCGUCGCGCUACCUUCAGAUCUGCUAUGGGUCCCUGCUCAUCGAGCUCUGCAAGCUCCAGCCCGCUACCAUGCCGCAAGUCCUGGCCCAGGCAGUCGAGCUUCUCUUUGAACGCAUUGAUACAAUGAACACUUGCUGCCAUGAUCGGUUUGUAAGUUGGUUCGCAUACCACUUGAGCAACUUCCAAUUCAAAUGGUCGUGGGACGACUGGCUGCACGCUGCUAAAUUGCCUGUGGAUCAUCCCAGGGCCAAGUUUGUGGUGGAGGUGCUGCAGCGCUGCAUGAGGCUGUCGUACCAUGAUCGCAUUGCUGAGGUGGUUCCUGAGCAGUUCGACUGCUUCGUUCCUGCCAAACCUAAAGUUAUCUUUAGAUACGAUCCUGAUCUUGGCGGUGAGUCGUAUGUGUGGGAAAUUCUGCACGCCACCAUCCGCAAGAUGUCGAAGCACGUGGCGCGUCUCCAGAAAGACAUGCUUGAUUCUCGCGACUCUCACCGACGCCGACGAAGCGGUGCCGAGACGCGACGUGCUUCUGACGAGUCAGAGUCAAACUCCGACAACUCCAGCGACGAGGACACUGCACGACCACGACCUACGGAGGAGGAGAUCGAGCGCAUGGAAGAGAAACUCGAAACUGCGCACACGGACCAAAAGAAUCUCUUCUUGAUCAUCUUCCAGCGGUUCAUCAUGCUGCUGUCGGAGCACCUGUCGAAGUGCGACACCGAGCGAAGGGACUAUGACACGCACUGGUAUCGCUGGACCGUGGGGCGUCUGCAGCAGAUCUUCAUGCAGCACAACAACCAAGUUGAGCGGUACGGGAAGACGCUGAAUGAGCUGCUCUUCACUCCAGAUCUGGACUCGCACAUCCUGGACAUCUUCAACCAGUUCAUGUCACUCAGGGCUUAGGCUCGUACUUCAUGACUUUGACGAGGGAAAAGUUGUAGGAAAUUUUUCAAUAAUAAGGCUACAUAUGCACCGACCUUUUCAAAAUUUCUAUUUAUUUAAACGCUCUGUUGUGCUUUGCCCUGUUUGGACCUGACUUGUGUCUAUGUUAUUUUAAAAUCUCAGUUUAGGUCGAUUAAAAACUGUCGAUUUUCAACAAGAUCCUGAAUCUGUUUAUUCCUAGUAAUGUAAAGAACGUUAAAGUAUUAAACGAACAAUCUCGAAUUUCGUUUUUUGUGCAUUUUUGUCAAAAAACUAUCAAUAUAGGAAGCAGAUUCAAGUCACUGCGUCCAUCAAGAAUGUAUAUAAGAAGUAUUUCUCCUUGCACUGAUGACGAGAAAAAGAAUAUUUUCAUCUCGUAAAAUGUUUCUUUGUUUGAUGAGGGAACCUUUGAUUCCUUCAACCUCCUUUCUUCGCAUGGUAUAUACUCCUUACGCACCCACGUUUAUUACUGCAAAGUAAUAAUUUAUGACAAUUCAUGAAUAAAAACGAAUGUGGUUGUAGCGAUUGAUAGUUUCUACCGUUAGAUAAUAUGUCUUUAUACCCCAAACCGCUCUAAUGACUCUAAUUCUAUCUUUGCUCUUUAUUAAAUCGAUUAUUUCAUGUGUACGAUGUCGAUUAUAACAAAAACAUAAUACAAAGCAGCCAUCUUAUGAAUUUCACAUCCCGGAGCUCGUGGUUUUACAUUGUGGGUCUUCGUAGUUAUGUAAUUAUGUUGACAUAAAGGCAGGAUUUAUCGCACUGUUCUUGUAUCUGCCCCUCUAGUGCCGGGAGCAUUUACUGGACGGCUUGGGGAAAGGUCUGUUGCUUUUAAAAAAUCCGUUAGUCAUUUCAAGAUCCAUACCCCAGCCUGUUACUUCUCAGCUAUAAACCUACUUUUAGGUGAUUAAUCCUUUUUAUUUUAAAGCAUAUUUCUGACGAUACAACAGUUCUACCUAUGACUACGCGGUUCGAAGAAAUCAAUUGUACUGAUGCGCGAAAAAAUGUUUCCUUCUGAACUUAGCACCUAGAACUUUACACGUUUACUCAAUUUUGGUGUCGAAAAAGUGUAUUCCUUGAUACAGAUCUUGUAACUAUCACUUCUCUUGGUAUGUUCUUCUCAUUGUUUAAGAUAUACUAUCACAGCUAC